AUGACAACAACAAGCGAUCUACAUAACCUCGCUUUAAUAUAUCAAGAAGUGAGGAGGUACGACGAGGCGAUAAAGGCAUACGAAGAGUCGCUCGAGUUGAAGAGGCGAUGCGAUGACGGGAAUCUAGUGAAAAUGUCUAUAACUCUCAUCAAUCUUGGUUACUGCUACAGAGACAGCGGGAAACUUGAGAAAAGUUUGAGUUUCAUGGAAGAAGGAGUCGCAAUCAGCCGAUCAUGCUACUCAUCUUCUCAUCCCUCCUUGGCACUUGCUAUAUAUCACCUUUCCUUUACGUACGAGUUACUUGACAGAAAAGAUGAAGCUUGGAAAUUGGCAAGAGAAGCGUUAGAUAUUGCAAACGUAUCAUUACCGUCAUCACAUCCUCAAUUAGCAAAGUAUAUGAAUCAAGUCGGUCGUUGUUGUUUAUCGCGAGGAGACUCCAACGAAGCCAUAGUGUGGCAUAAGAAAUCUCACCAAUUGCUGCAACAACUACCUUCUUCAUCUAAAGGAGACGAUCUCUUUGCAACAACACUAAAUGACCUUGCUCGCGCAUACCAAAGAGACGGAAAAUACGACGAGGCGAUAAAGACAUAUGAAGAGUCGCUCGAGUUGGAAGGGCGAUGCGAUGACGGAAAUCUAGUUGGAAUGUCUACGAUUCUCAUGAAUCUUGGUUGCUGCUACAGAGCGAGCGGAAAACUUGAGAAAGGUUUGAGUUUACUGGAGGAAGCAGUCACAAUCAGCCGAUCAUGCUACUCAUUUUCUCAUCCCUCCUUGGCACGUGCUAUAGCUCACCUUUCCUAUACGUACUCUUUGCUUGACAGAAGAGAUGAAGCUUGGAAAUCGGCAAGAGAAGCGUUGGAUAUUGCAAGCCUAUCAUUACCGUCAUCACAUUCUGAAUUGGUCGAGUAUAUGAACAAUUUGGGAAAUUGUUUUCGAUCACGAGGGAACUACGAUGAAGCCAUCUCGUGGCAUGAGAAAGCUAGGCAAUUGCUGCAACAACAACAUCAAUCACCUCAACGAGACAAACGCAUUGUUACAAAUUUGUAUUUAUUGGCUUUCGACCAUGACGAGAAAGGAUGUUAUGAAGAAGCUAUAAAGUUGUGUUUGGAGGCAAUAGAAAUGCAACAAGAGAGUCAUUCUCCAAAAUCCUCUUGAUAUCGCAAUUGACAUGAAGCACUUAGGUUUGUAUGAAAUGAAGGCAGCAAGACUUGCAGCGUCUAAAACCCAUUUGCAAUCUUCCUUAUCAGUUUUGCAAGACACACUACCCACUAG